CUUCAAUCAUGGGCAACCACUCGAUCACAAAAAGAGCCGAAUCCACUGACCCCCCACUGAACUUCACGACCCACACACUUGAGGCUACACUCCAAAGAAGCUACAGAGACUUCUCAAGCUGAGUCAGAGGGAAGGUCAGAGGAGCAAGUGAAGAAGAUUUUAAGGAGGUUUUUGAACAGUAUUUAAAUAAAAAUCUUGAAAAACAAAAAGACAAUAUUGCUGAAAAGAACUUGUUCGCUGAGAUAAACGAACUGUACAAAGCUGGAUUCUGAACAUCCGAGCAUUUAACCAAAUCUAUUGAGGAUAAAGUUUUCCAUCUGGACAAAAUUGAUCAAUGAGGAAAUGAUCCAGAAUAUUUCUUCAAAAGGCAGUACGAGGUAUGCUUCCUCAUCUACAGUUACAUGAAUGUUCUGUGCACAACCAAGAAGGAAAGCAACUUCAGCUUUCAUAAAGCUCUGGCAGAUAAACUAGAGGACCAAGAACAAGUGCUGAUCCGAGCAGGAUUAUCCACAGGAAUCCCUCCUCUUCAGCUCUUCUACAUUGAAGAAUUGACUGAACUCUCUAUUGAGUCCCAAGAGAUGGCUCUAAAGCGCCUAUACACCUUUUUGAUAAACCAGAAGGCAUCAGGACUGAGACCAGAUGAGUAUAAAUUCUAUAUUCAAGAAGAGGAAUAUAACAAGUACUUGAACUACCUUGUGAAGAUCUGAAGAAAGAAAGUUCCUACCCAGUCGGAACAGCAGAAAAAUCUUGUGACCAGCAUGGCUAUCAGAAACAUUAUACUUAUAUAGGAAACCUAAGAGCCUCUGGAGAAGACUAUUUGGUUGCAUAUAAUCUCAUAUGGAAGAAAAAGUUAAAGCUUAACUUAUUCCCAGAGUUGAUUAGGCACCCUUACUUACAAAAGAUUUGCCAAAAACUUAAAGUGAGUGAUCAAGCCAUGCCACCUCAAGAUACUGGUUGAGAUGAGGAAACACCUCAAAAGAGACAAGAAAAAUUUGAUACAGUCUUGGAAUAUAAGGAAGGCAAAGAUUUUGAAAUAUUCGAUUAUCCUAAAAAGACAAUUUGAAAAAAUAGUGCUUACAAGCUAACAUUUGAUGAAAAAUACAUGUACUUAUGGAAUAAAAAUAACGCUGUUUAUAAGAUUGGCUACAAGUCUUCAUUAGGAGUUUGCCCAGGGUAUAUUUACUGACGAGAAGAAAUACCUUCUGACGGUUUACAUAAUACAAUUGCAUUUAUAAGAGAUAAACUAUAUUACAGAAAAAUUGAGUGCGAGGAAGGAAAACCGUUGGAAAUACUAAAACUUACCACCCUCCAACCAACAUCCAAAGAGGAAAUAAAUCGAUUAACAUCACAGACAGAACGAAAAUCUCUGAUAGAUUCUUGGAAUAAACCAAUCAUCGAAAGAUUUGAUGAGGCUUUGCUAGAAGAGGAGAUUUCAAAAAGAAGACACAACAGCUUCAGAUGGAUAUAUUAUGCCCAAUUUUUUACAGAUGGAGAUUUACUUUAUAUUCUCGCACCUUACUUAGAGGUUAAAGAUAAUCAAAUGCUGGAGGAAGUAUCGCAUAUUGAAAUAGAAAGAUAUGAUCCCGAUACUUGGAAUUUCAUUAGAAAAACUAAACUGAAUUACGAGCCAAUUAACCAAGAGAGUAUGCCACCUGAAGAGCAAAAAAGAGUAUCUCAGGAUACUGAGACUAUCAAAAAGUAUUGCUCUGAAGGAAAUUUCAAAUAAAUCAAUGAUAGGGACAAAUAGUGAAAUUCUAGCCAUAACAGCUCAAGGGAAAAUGUACUUCUUUGAUCUAGAAACUGGCAACAGGUAUAAAACCACCAUAGAAGUUCCAAAUAACAAAGGUGGAGGAUAUGACCCUUUCACUAACACAUUCUGGACAUGGAAAGAUAAUGAAGAUAACGCUAUUCUCAAGAGUUUCAAAAUUGAAGGCUUUAGAAGCAUAGAUGAGAUCAAACAAUCAUCUCAGAACAAUUCAAACAACUAUGCUCACAAAAGAGUUCAGGAUAUCAUGAAAAGCCAAAGAAUUGAAACAAAGAUUGAAAGAAGAAAUUUCGAAAAUUUCCUCAAAAGACUUGAGAAUAGAUCUAUUCAGGAAUUAAUUAUCAAUCCUAAUUACCCUGAGAAUGAAAUGGAAGAGCUUUCAUUGUACCUCAUUAUGUACAUUAUAUCUAAAGGAUGUGAGAACAUGGAUGCAGAUAUUCAGAAGCUAAAUUUUCUAAAUUUUGAUGAUGAGCAUCUUACAACUCAAACCCGAUUAUACAGAUGCCAGCACGGUGUGUCCAUCACAAUGACUUUCAUUAAGGAGCUAAUAAAAGCAAUGGAAAGAUUUACAGACUUUCUUGACCAAGAAAUGAAUGAUGAAAACAUUCUACAGCAAUAUGAGCUUCUCUGGAUUCUCUGAGCUGUAUCUAAAAUGUUCAUAUCACUUGAGAAGCUCAAAAUCAGAUUAGAAGAACUUGUCAAAUAUUUUGAGAUUAGAGACAGAUUCAUUGAACUUGUCACUUUCUUUGUGACUAGUAUUCCACAGAGAAUUAUUCAAGGUUUUAAUAUUUCUUCUGAUGAUAAUAGCUCUGAAAUUCAAAUUAUCUGGAAAAAUAUAAAUACUCAAUGAGUGGAGAUCCAAAAUUCACUCUCCAACAUGAUAUUAGACAAUCAAGAUAAAGUCACACAGAAAUUGCAAAAUACUCUAGAAGAACUUGAAAAAGGACAACAUGGGGACUCUCAAAUGAUUUACUUAAAUUACCUCACUACAUGAGAUUCUUUUGAAGACAUUAUAGAAAACACUGUUCUUUUAAAAAUCUUUUGAGUUUGAUGUGACAUUGUUUCGGCUAAAAUUUGAUCUGAGUUGGAAAAUCUGACCCUUCAAAGCAAAUUCACACAAAUCAAAAGCACAAAAUUUGAAGAUUCCUGAGAGCUCUUUGUCACGUGUUACAUUAAAAAGACUUUAACUCACAUAUUCAAACAUAACUUUACCUCAAAACCAAAGGAUCCAAAGAGAAAUGACCAAGAAGUUCAGGAAGAACAACUAAAAAUUGAAGAGAAAAUGAAACUUUUCUCCAUAAUCUACGAGCAACUUAGCAAAAGCUUACAAUCAAUUAUCACUUCUGCUGCAGAAUCCUUUGAUGAUGUCUUAAAGCAGAUCUCCCAAAUAAAAUCAGACAAUAAUUUAGAAAGUAGCCUUGAGGAUAGAUUAGAAGAGCAAUAUUUGUCAUACCAAGAGAAUCUUUCCGACAUUGUAGUCAAUGGAAGCAAAUCAAUGUUCAUUAUAAAUGCCCUGAUUAGCAUCAUGAUCUCUGAGAGGAAAGCAAUAAUGACACAUUCAUUGAGCUCUUUCUUUAAUAGUUCCCUCGAUUUAAUAGAUAGCAUUCUACAAUUCAGCCAAGUCUAUUUGAAGUCCAAAGUGCUGAAACUUGAUACUAAAACAGAUCAUUUCACCCUUAUAGAAUGUCUCGAAGAAGAUCUAAUGCUUCAGUUGUUAAAUUCUCUAUGAAAAAUGUCAUAUGAUUUGAUAGAGAUAACAGAAAGUUCUUCGAAAUCUGAUGAAGAUCAAGUUGUCAAGCUUCUAUUGAAGGGGAAUAUCUUUUCUGGAGGUAUACAUACUAAAUUCCUCUCAAAUUUUAGCCCACAAGCUUGUAUUAUCAUCAAGCAUCUUGCUGGAUUUGCUGAUGAUUCCCAAAUAGUCAGCUACAUCGAAAAUACUGACCUUGAUGAAGAAAAUAGCCUGAUGGAGGCUAUUAUUCAUGAUGGAGUAGAUAAAUGAGUAGAUACAUUUAUAAAUCUUCUCCAAUGGGAUCUUCUCAGAAAGAACCCUGCUGCUAAAGCAGGAGGGGCACAAGGAAUGGCAGUCUCUAGAUGUGCAUUUGCAGCAAAUCUAGCUUUAAACAGAUAUGAUGAAGUAUGAAACUACACAAAUCUCAGCACUCUGAUUGACCAAAUAGAGAUAUUCUUCUCUGAAUGAGAUGAAAGCAUGCCUCUAAAUCAACGAAACAAUGAAUGUAUCGAAGAACUCCAGAGCUUAGGAGAUAUCAGUGGGAUACUUGACAGAUGGAAGAUUGCAACCAAAAUGAGAGUCUGGCUCCAAGAGAAGAAAACGGAUAUCUCAAAUAGAGUUCAGAAAGAAUUUGGCACUAGAAACAGCAUUGAAGAGGAAUCAAAUAAAGAAGAAGAGAAAAUUGAUACAUCUACAAGAAGAGAUGAUGCUGAUGCAUAUCAAGGGCCAUCCGAAGAUCAAAUCUUCGAGAUUGAGAAAGAAAGAAUAUCUGACUUAGUGAAGAAGGUACAAGAUAAAGCAAAGUUGUUAGUAAAACUUGCGACUCCUAAAUCAUGGAGACAAUCAGAUUUUUCUGAUAAAAACUUAGUACAGGUCGGUAGAUAUAAUAACGACCUAAAUAAAAUUGACCGAAAGAGCACUUCUGAUGUUUUACAAAGAAUUAAAAGUAUUCAAAUUUCUUCUGGAACAAUUCCAAAUUACGAGAACGUUUCAAAUAAAGAGAUAUUUUCAUCAUGCUCAUCAUCUGUGCUCGCGACACUUCAGUGAAAUGCAACUGCUCUAAAAAUCAUAAAAAUGAUUGAAUCGAAAUACAUAAGUGCUCUCAAUAGAUAUUGAGGAUUGAAAAUGAUGGUCAAAAUAUGCCAACUCAAAUUGCCCAUUGAUGCUCAAAAAGGAUGAUACAGCUGGUUCUGUACUGCCUUAAGAAAGCAUUCUGAUGGCAUGGCUCACUAUACAGACAACUUAAAUGGAGUUGGAGCGCACUUACUGACUAAAAUCAAGCAUGCCUUUUUCAAAGUAUACAAUGAAAUUAUCAAGUCUCUCAAAGAUACAAGAGAAAAGAAUGACAUCAAGUACUUAUUUGAUUGAAUGAAAUGGAGGAUUGGGGCAUCGGACCAUCAAAAUAUUCUAGAUAGUGGGGUAAUUCAACUUCUGAAGAAUGGAAAUGGCCUAAUGGAUCAAGACAACCCCAUAAAAUUUAGUUGGGGAAAGCCAAUAGAAUUUACUGUAGACAUACAAAACAGGACUCUUUCUCAUAUUGUAUUCGAUGCAUUUGAGUUCAUUAUGAUUUCGAUAUUCUCAAGAAUAUUAGAACAAGAUCAAAGUAAAAGUGUAGAAGCAUUGAACAAUAAUUCUCCACUCAGUAAGAUUAAUAGAGCUCAAUCUCUGAUGGCUACAAGUUCCUAUGAAGCUCUCACUCAAUCAUUAUUUGAAAUAAUCUUUAUUAAGUUAAGUGAAGUAACUGAAAAGAAGACUUCAGUUUCAAAGAAAUUUGAAGAGAGCAAAGAAUUUCCUACUUUGGAGAACAAAAUCCAUGGCGAUCAAAAUAACUUCGACUGAAGCCAAUCUUUUGACAUCGACGAUAUUGAAGAUGAUAUUAUUGAGAUAGAAUAUGAUAGAACCGUUAUUCUAAAACUAUUGAGACUAGUAGAACUUAUAACUUCUUUAGCAAUCCAUAACGAAAGAUUCCAAGUAUCUCUUAGGAAAAACACACAGCCAAAUCACGUUCUUCAAUUCUGCUCAUACAUCUUAAAAUUUAGUGUUGCAAGACAUACAAUUCUUGCCUUAAAAAUUCUUUCAGACCUUCUUGAAGCAGAAGUUGAGACUACUCUCUUCGAUCAGGCUUUUAAAAACAAUGAAGAUCAUAACUGGGUUCAUAAAGUAAUGACAGUAUUGACAAAGGUUGAUUUCGGUGACUGUACCUUCCUCCAAUUCCUGUUCAACCUUCUCCUUCUGAUUAGAUCCAACCAAUGAGGAAGGAAGAAAACAGACUUCAAGGAUAAAUAUAUCACAAGUUGUGCGAUAGUAAGAUUUAUUAGAGAAAUUUGUCAGUCUGGAAAACAUCAGAUUUGGAGAAAUCAACUUGAAAGAGUUGUGGAAACCUUCCUCACACAAAUUGAUUCCUACUCAAUAGAAGAAUUUGAUACCAUUACAUGCUUAUUUGAAGGAGGGGAGUACCUUGGAAUGAACAUUGGAGCCCAAGGUAUCACCAAAAGCGGCAGAAAAUUUACAGCUAUUGGCUUUGUUGAUAGCAAGUUCAAAAUUCCUUGUGUCAGUGAAGAAUCUAUGCUAAAGUAUUUCAAUGAUAGUGAUAAGAAUAUAUCAUGAGAACCUCUUGAGAGCAAAGAUUAUAUCUUUGGAAUACUCUUUGAUAGCACUAAUUUAGAGAGAAAUGAUCUAUUUUUAGAACACAUAACUGAUGUCACCCUUACUCCUAACAUGAAUGAAGUCAGUGAUAAUUUUCUAUCAGAAGAGCCAAUUCUUUUAAAAUUUAUUGAUUUAGUGAUGGAAGAGUCAAACCUUGAUUACACUGAUAGAGAUACUCUUACAAAAAGAUGCACUACUCUUAAGAUAAUCCUUGCAAAUAUUGAAAACUCAACUUUCCUGACCAAAGUCUCAGAGAGCUCCAUACACAAAAUAAUAAGCAGAUUUAUUAUUGUUCUAAUAUCGGAAUGCCAGAAAAUGUCCUGAGGCUCAAAUGUGGUGAAAAAAUUGGAGCAUAUUGAGCAAAGAGUUUAUUUACUGAAGAAAUUGAGUUGCCAACAAGAAUGUGACCCGGCUGGUGAAGAAAGAAUAAAUGAGAAGUUAGAUGAAGGGUUGGAUGAAGAGUCGAUUGCCAUAAAUUUACCCCACCAGGCCCAAGAAACAAGCUUUGAUAGGAAAAGUUCAGGAUUUAUUAAGGAUUCUUGGCCUGAUAUUUGAGAAAGCAAGCAUAUUGACAAUUCUGAAAGGCAAAGUUUAACUCAGAAAAUAAAUCAUCUCAACUGUUACAAUGAACUCGACAAGAAUGUAAUUGAGGAAGAGAAAUACUCAGAUUAUCACGAUGAAAUAUUAUAUAUUCCUUCUGACGAUGAUAUUGACGCCGACGAUUUAGACGUAGGAGAUAUUUUAGAUUUCACACUUCAAAGUUUUAGAGAAAAACUGGAUGAUAACAAAUCAAUUGAUCUGGGCAAAAUCGAUGAAAACCGAAAAGAAAACCAAAAAUAACUCUAAGAAAACCAUAUUCGAAGCAAUUUAUUGAGAUCAUCCCCAAAAUUUAAGCCAAGAGUACAUAUCAAUGCUUAAAAUGUAUUACUCAAAACUCUGUAGUAGAAUUCUUUCAGUACUUAUCCUCAAACUUCCAGAAGAAGACAUUUGAGAGCUUAUCUUUGAAAAUAGACAGAAUCAAAGAGGGAUUGUAAACUAUCUUUUAAAACUAUCAAAUGAAGAUUCCUACUCAGAGAAAUCCAAUCAAGAAGAUCCAGAAGGUGGAUUGUUCUUGAAGGUUUUCUCAAAGAUUAAUUCUGCUUACUCGCAGAAUAAACAGUCUAAGCCAUUCUUAUGAAAUCUACUGUCACAAAUAUUUUCAGGAGCUUCAAAUUCUCUCCAGAAGUGCAAGCAGGAAGGUUAUAAAACAAUCCGAGAUUUUCUUGCUGAUAAUCCGAAGUUUUUAGGAUGAUUUAAUCUGUAUUUCUUACCUGAAAUCCUUGAAAUAAUCUCUAAAUCCUUAGAUGGAACGAUGAGAGUCCUGAAUCAGACAAUUUAUAAAAAUUUAAUCGAGAUUCUGCCUUACUUAAUCACCCUUUUUGAAGACGAUGAACCUUUGGUAGUUAAAUCCUAUACUUCCUUAGCCAAGAUCAUUCUUGAGUACUUGACAAAAAAUGAAGAGCCAGAAGAUACACCAGUGAUUAAAGGAAUAUUGCAAAAUAAAGUCAUAGAUCAACUACUCAAAAAAUUGUCCCAGUUUAACGAGUACGAUAAUAGCAAGGUUGAUAUUAAACAGAAAAUUUUCAUUGAGAUAAUGCUUAUGAUCAAAAUUAUUGACAGAAAACAUCCUGAUAUUACUUCCAUCUAUACUUAUCCAAACUUGCUUCUUGCUUUAGAGCUAUCUACAAGAAUAUUGAAGCAGGAGGAUUCACAAUUCUUAAGUUAUCUAGAGUUCUAUAACAAAAAAAGACUAAAAGAAUUUGAGAAUGUCUCAUUCAGUAUGGAAACUGCAAAUCCUAGGUUUGACCAUAAGAUAGUCUCUAAACAUACUUUCAAAGAUGUCCAAAAACUAUCGAUUACUUUGAAGCCUAAUAUAGAGCAUUUGAAAGGAUCUCAUAUGUUAAUAUCUAAAGACCCUGAAGGAGAAUUUCCAAUAAGAUUAAUUGAUACUUCUGAGUUGAGUUGGAAAACAACAGAAGUGUAUAUUAACAGUAACAAUUUCUACUUUCAUUAUCCUUACUCAGUUGAUCCAACCCCAUCCUUUAUUAACUGUUUUGGAAGCUGAGAAGGUUACAGAUUGGGAAAUGGACAACACCAAGGCUAUUCAAAGGGAUUCAUUCCAAUGAACAACCAGAAUGUUAGAAUCAAGAUGCUCAGACAGGCUAAAGACUAUACUAUAGCUCUUUCUAAUAAUAAUGAUCUUUACGUAUGUGGCACGAAUUAUUGAUGGAGUGAAUCUUACAAAGAUAUGCAAAUCUAUCCAGGGAAAGUACCUAAUGGUGAAAUAACUGACAUUAGAGCUGGUCAUUACAAUUUUGGCAUUUUGAUAGAUAAUACAAAGUUUUAUUUCCAAGGAAUCAACCAAAAUAAACAACUUUUUGGGGAUGAAGUCUUCAGCAAGUUUAAUGAUGAGAGUCUUUGAGUUAGAGAAUUGAAGUAUAAACCAAGACCAGACAGAGAUGAUGGGAUAGUCCUACAUUUCGAUAUCGGAUAUGAUUAUAUCAUUUAUACCACAAGCGGAGGAAGAUGAUAUGCUUCUGGAAAAGAUUUCCUACAGUUUUUCAAUCAAGAUGGAAAUGAUGGAGAGUUUUAUGAAAUUUACUUCCCCAAAGACAUAGUCCCAAUCAAACCUUUUCCAUGAAAAUCCAGGGAAAGCAAGAACUGCUGUAUAAUGCUUGUUCAGAACAAAGGUAAAAAUGAACUCUGGUCUUGUGGAAAUAGCCCUUCUUAUCUCCUUGGCCAAGGUGAGGGCAUUUACAAAUCCUUUGGAUUUGCUCCUCUACAAUAUGACUGUAACAGCAUAAAUUUCACUUUUGUCAGCUGCUAUGGCAACUGGGCAAUGGCUAUUACAGAUAGAUCAGAACUUUACGGAUGGGGAUCAAAUGAGUUUCAAACACUUGAUGAAGGUGAAGACAUUAAAUAUUUUUCUUCCCCCACACUGAUAGAAUAUAACGAGAUGACAGACAAAGUUGUUCACGAGGUCAAAUGUGGAAUGAACAUGGCUUUGGUAGUCUUUUCAAAUAAGAAUGAGGAAAUUCAGAGAAAGCAGCUUCUUCUUAAAGGAAAUACUGAAAUGAUUGAGUCUGUUCAAAAUAAUUCAGAAGGAGAUUUGCUGGAACCUUAUCAAGAUCAAAAAUACAAAUGGAUAGAACUAGGAGAAGACACCUUCUUUAUUUCAACAGAGCCAGAUGAAAUAAAUUACCCUAUUGGACAAAUUCAUUAUGACUACCAAUGAGUGGUGACCAAGCAAAUGCCUAUCAUUGGCACAAUGCAUUUUUGGAAACAAGGAAAUGAAUGGCUCUACCUUUCUGAAAAAGGCUAUAAAAUACUCAGAGAACGAGGGGAUGAAGAGCAUGAUGCCAUAGAUAUUCCAGACAUAUGAUAUGUUACUAAGAACUAUAUUCAAAAUAUUCCUAACAGAGUUUGGCCUGUCUUGGAUGAAUAUAAGAUGUUUGAAUCAAGACUUUCACUUGAUUUUAAACCUCAGUAUACUUCUUAUUGCUACUUUAAUCAUCAACAAAAAGAGCAAUAUGAAAAAUUAGAAGAAGAAAAGAAGCAUGACCAAGAGAAAGAUCAGACAAAUGCCUCGAUUCCAGGAAUUCACAGUAACGAAGAGGAUAUAUUCAAGCCAGAAACUCAUGAUAUGAACCCUUUGAUAUUCUACAGAUUUGGAAGACCAUUCAGAAAAGGCUCCAAUCUACCUAGAAUAGUGCUUUCCGACUAUUUCAAGCAAGAGAACGAGAGCGCAAUUAACCUCGAAAUAAUUCCUGAUUACAGUUAUGAGCCAAACGAAAAAGCAACACAACUAUUAUUAGAUAGCUACAACAAGAUUCUAAACGAUGUUGAGUCCUUCGAUGAAGCACUAGAACAAGAAUUAAAGAACGAGAUAGAUAAAUAUCUUAUAAAAAGACGCAUAACUCUCUUCUCGAAUUCUCCUCCUGAGGUUGAAUAUAACGACCUUGAGAUCACUUCCAAGCUGCUCAAAGAUUUUAUUGACUCUUUAGAAAAGAAAGGAGAGAAUUCAAAAGAAAUAAUUCAGACAAAGAUUAACACGAUGAUGCUAUUCAAUCACAAUAUAGUCAAGGCUCUAAGAUGGGUUAUUACUGAAGAUGCCAUUUUGAAAGAUGCUUCAAUGAAUGACAGAGAAGGUCCAAACUGCUUCCUUUCAACUAGUUUGUUGAAAAAUAAAUCAAAGAUGUUUAACAAAACAAAGAAUGAUUAUUUGCUGAAAAUUAUAGACUCCUUACCAAGAAGUUUCGAUGAAAAAGAGGUUACUUAUCACAGAAUCACUACUCAAGAAAAUAAAGACAAAGGAAUUGUAGAUGAUGAUGCUCAAUGGACAAUCUUUGCCACAACCAUGAGAAAAUGCAUGGAAAGCGGAUAUGAAAAUCUCUGAGUGAAUAGCCCUCAGCAGAAAGCAUGGAGCGCUAAGUUUGUAGGAGAAGGAAGUAUUGACGAUGGAGGCCCAUACAGAGAAACUAUCAGUAAUAUGACUGAUGAGUUACACAGUCAAUAUCUACCGCUCUUAAUUCCUACUCAGAAUAACAAGAAUGAUCAUGGAUUUGGUAGAGAUUUAUGGACCGUAAAUCCAGCUGCAACCAGUCCAACUCAUUUAGAAAUGUAUAAAUUCAUGGGAGCUCUUCUAGGAAUGGCUUUUAGAGCAGGCCAAGUUAUGGACAUGAAGCUCCCAUCAAUAUUCUGGAAGAAAUUUACAAACGAAGAAAUCACAAUCAAAGACCUUGAGUAUUCAGAUGCAUAUGCAGUCCAACUAAUCAGAGAAGUCGAAAAUAUGAAAGCUAUUACUACAAAAGAAGAAUUUGAAUCUUCAAUGGACAUGAGUUGGACCACUCAGUUAUCAAAUGGAGAAACUAUUUCUCUCUGUCCAAAAGGACAUGAAAGAAAAGUUCUUUAUGAAGAGACUGAUGAAUAUCAUCAAAAGGUGAUUGAAGCUAGAAUAAACGAAUUCAGCAAGCAAUUUGAGAUGGUAAAAGAAGGAUUCGAAGUAAUAAUGCCAACAAGUUGCUUGAAAAUCUUGGAUAGUCGAUACUUUGAGCAAAGAGUGACUGGUCCUUCUGUAAUAUCUUCUGAUAUACUGAAAUCGAUAACUUAUUAUUCAAAUUGAUCAGCAGAUAAUGAAUAUAUUCAAAGAUUUUGGAGAGUAUUCGAUGCUUUCUCAAAUCAGGAAAGAUGAAUGUUCCUAAAGUUUGUCUGGGGAAGAGCAAGACUUCCUCCUCCCGAACGAUUGAAUAAUCAAAAUUUCAAGAUACUGCUAGCUGACAAUUAUAGACAUAAUAAUCCUGACGAUAGAUUCCCUCAAGCUCAUACAUGUUAUUUCCAGUUUGAUCUGCCAAAAUAUUCAACUGAUGAAGUAUGCAGCCAGAAGAUUCUGUACGCAAUAAAGUCUUGUGGAGGAAUAGACACUGACCAAGGUCCUGUCCCAGAAAAUAGCUCAGAUGAUGAUGACUCAGAUCUAAUGGCACUGGACUUAAUGGAAAGCGAUAGCUCGGAUGACGAAGAAGAUAGUGAUUACAGUGAUUCUAGUGAUUAAAUAUAAAGAAUUCUUUA